AUGUUCGCCACCAUCAUGAACGCGACCUUCGAAUUCGCUCACAAGGACGUCUUCCUCGCCACCGUCUUCACCAACUUCUGCAUGUAUCUCACGCUCAUCCUCUUCUGGAGGGCCAAGGGUCUCUCCUCUGUGUCCCUGGCUAUUCUCUUCCUCAUCGGCGUUUCAUACGUCUUCUACAUGAUCGGUUGCAAUCUCCUCGUCUUGUCGGAUGCGACUGAAGACGUCGAGGAGUCUCCUGCCCACCCACGUUCACCACAGUGGGUUGUCGACCGGAUCCUUCGGGUCGGUCAGAUACUGAGGGGUGAGUUGAUGCAUGUGCCAGAACUCGAAAAGGAGUCUGAGCCAGAGCCAGUGUCUGCAACCGAGUCGACAGUGCCUGGAAUAGAAGCAGAGGUUGAGCCUGAGCUUGAGGCAGACCACGCAUCCACAGUUACAGAGGUUGACGCCACCGCCAUUACUACCACCCCUGAGGACAUGAUGUCCGGAGAGGCUCAGGCAGAGCUUGAGACGCUGACGAACGAUGUCGGCAACAAGAUCUUGGCCAUUGCUGAUCUCAUCCGGGGAUAUGACGACUUGGUUGAUGCAAUCCUCAAGGCCAACGAACUGAGCAAGCUUGAUGAGCCUUCCGAUAAGGAAGAAUCUCCCGAGGAGAACCUCAACGUCGCCCUGGUCUUGUACCAGCCACCUAGGGACAUCGUGGACAUCAUCAGAAUCAUCCCUUCGAAGGAUACAACUGUUGAGGGUGUUGCCACCGCGACUCCUCUUGAAGAGGAGGUUGCUGCAAUCACCGAAACUACCACCAUCACCGACAAUACCGCCAUCACCAACAACACCGCCACAGAGACUCCUGCCCUUGAGGAGGAGAUCAUCGAGGUCGAGAUGCCGGAUGCGCCAAAGGAGCGCGAAGUCCUAACUCCUAGCGCUCCUGCCAAGAAGCGGAAGGGCUCCAUCGAAAAGUUGAACGAGUCGGACCGCAGCUACAGCUGCAAGCGGAAGAUGAGGAUUGUUAAAUCAGGCUUUUACCAGAUCCCUGUUUCAGUCAUUCCCGUCGUCGUCGUCGUCCCCGUCCCUAGCCAGGAUGAAAUGUUCAUUGACGACAAUGACACCAAGGAUGGUGUCACUGUCCUGGCCACUGGCAUCGAAGGACUCUUGCUCAAGGGUGAAGAUGUCAGUGACAACAAGGACCCUGAGGGAGAUAUCGAGGUGUCCGAGAUCGCUGACGAAGGGUACGUCAGCGAUGAAAAGGACCAUCAGGAAGACACCGAGAUGUCGGACAGCGACACCUCCGAUUACGCCAGCAACAGCUCCAGCCCAGACACCAGCACCUUUGACGUUGACGUUGACGACGAGGAGGAGUACGACGUCGGCUUCGAUGUCUACAUCUGCUCCCGCAUGGGCAAGAUGUAG